UCUGAUGUCUUUAAAAGGAUCAGCCUGGGCAACAAGGCUCAUUUGGGAGCUGUGAUAUUCACGUUGACUUUAGUGAAAGUCCAACAGCCAAUCCCCUUUUGGCCUCCAACUGGACACCAUGAAGGCCUGUGUUCCCCUGAUAGUGGCCGUGCUCGGCGGCCUGGCCUGGGCUGGCCAAAUGGAGUCAUGCGCGUCUCGCUGUAAUGAGAAAUUUGACCGGGAUGCUGCUUGCCAGUGUGACCGCCGGUGUCCCCGGCACGGGGAUUGCUGUGAAGACUAUGAGCGCCUGUGUACAGCUGAUGAGGACCUCAAGGAGCCAGAGCCAUUCCUGGAGCUGGAAGAAGAGACGGAGGGGGCCCCGGCUAGCGACUUGUACUUGGCACCCAACUCCUGCCGGGGCCGCUGCCUGGAAGCCUUCGACAAGCACCACCUAUGCCACUGCAACGCCCGCUGCCCAAAGUUCGGAAACUGCUGCGAGGAUUUCGAGAGCCUGUGUCGCCAUGAGGGCUUCUCCCACAUCAGCGAAGCCAUAACCAAGGGGGAACCGCAGAGCAUCUCUGAGAAGAUCUAUAGGGCAGAUACCAACAAAGCCCAGAAGGAAGACAUUGUUCUCAAUAGCCAAAAGUGCAUCUCGCCCUCGGAGGCCAGAGACCAAGUAGACCGCUGCCCAGAGCCGCUCUUCACGUAUGUCAAUGAGAAGCUCUUCUCCAAACCGACCUACGCCGCCUUCAUCAACCUCCUCGACAACUACCAGCGGGCCGCGGGCCGCGGGGAGCACUUCACAGCCCAGCAGCUGGCUGAGCAGGACACAUUCCUCAGCGAGGUUAUGAAGACGGCCGUCAUGAAGGAACUCUACGGCUUCCUCCACCAGCAGAGCCGCUACAGCACAAAACAGGAGUUCGUCAACGACUUGAAAAACAUGUGGUUUGGGCUGUAUUCAAGAGGCAAAGAAGAGGGGCACACAGGUGGCUUUGAACAUGUCUUCUCAGGUGAAGUCAAAAAAGGCAAGGUCACUGGCUUCCAUAACUGGAUCCACUUCUACAUGCAGGAGAAGGAGGGCCUGGUUGACUAUUACAGUCACAUCUGUGACGGGCCUGUGCCAGUUAAGCCUGGGUGGACAUCCCUUGGCCAUCCAGACCUAUGCCUGGGACAAGUCAACCUACGGAAAUGGCAAGAAGUACAUCACCACAGCCUACGUGGUGUCUCCUACCCAAUAGAGCUUCGAGCUAGAAAGGGGCAGGAGGGCAGUAAGGGCUCUUGUCGGACUGAGAUGCUAUUUGCUCUGCGCUGGAGGGGGAGGGAAUGGAGGAGACGGGGAGGGACUCCCCAAUCCAGAAAUGCCCAUAUGAAAAAGAGAGAAAAGAUACAAAUUAGAGAAACAGUCACACCUUUGUCCUCCAACAUUUUGGAAACAGAAGGUGGGGACCCUCAAUGGCUCUUUGCCCUGCUGGGUGGUGGAACCCUGAAUAAGUCCUUGAGGUCUCCAGGCCUCAUGUUUCCUUUUAAUGCAAAGGGAAGGGGUUUGCCCCAUUUCCUCUUUCGGGGGUUGGUGAGAAGGCAAACCUGAUGACAUUCUUACUGUGAAGAUGUUUUCAAUUGUUCUUAGGAAGAAUGGCCGAGAGAAAUUCAAGGUUACCCUAAUGGCUGUUAUGGUACAAAGCUCUGCAAACUGUAAUCACCCCCAUACUGGGGCCUCAAAUAAAUCAGGCUAUGGAGAUCAAGGGUGGGUAUUUGGUCUUUUCUAGGGUGAGAUCCUCUCAGAACAGGGUCCGCGAGAGGGUAACGGCUGAUGCAGUGAGUAGGCUGGAGCGGCAGUGGACUCCUCCAGGCCUGAGUUUUUUGUAGUCAGCUAGGUAACUGCGACAAGAAGCUUCCUAACUGUGGACACUUCGUGCAGUUACAGAGCUGUAUUCUGAUUCCAAAUAGUUUGUAAAAGAGUUCCCCUCACAGGCGGGAGAUUUUGCAUCAGAAGAAGAAAGGAACCUAGAGCUUGGUGUCACUAACAUAAUUAUUUUAAGUCUAAUUCAGCAGCCAUAAUGUGCAUAAGCUCUUAGAAUGGAAGACAGGGAGACUGGGGUUCCCUAUUGCACUCAGUUAUGCAU